AUCCUCUCCGAAUAUUAUGCUAACAGUGAACGGUGCCUGAAUGAGCUGGUCCAAAUGUGGGAGUGCAGAGAAUCAAAUGGACAGAUUGUUAUCCCGAUUUUCUAUGAUGUUAGUCCCUCGGAUGUGAUACACCAGGCUGGGGAUUUUGGAAGGCGUUUCGAUCUACAUGAGACUGCCAAAGUCGACUCAGAUACCAUCAAAAAAUGGAGGGACGUUCUCCGACAGAUCGGGCGGUUAAGAGGAUUUAUUCGGGAGAACGUAAAUGGGCACGACAGCCAGCUCGUCAAAAUAGUUGUUAAAAGCGUGGAGCAAGUGUUGAGGAAGGAUGACCAAGUUGUAACCGACAGACUAGUUGGAAUUGAUCAUCAUGUUCAAGAGAUGAUGAAAAAGCUUGGUGUUGCCUACAGAGAGGGACAAGCGGUCGAAGUACAAGGAGAAGAGGUACGCGUCGUCAUAAUAGAGGGUGCACCGGGUGUCGGAAAGACUACACUCGCAAAGGUUGUCUUUAACAAGAUGCGUAAGUUGUUUGAUGCAUAUAGCUUUCUUGAAGAUAUUAGGUCGGAAGGAGUCCAGUUUUCACGACAUAUGUUGAUCGCUGACCUUCAGAAACAAAAACCCGAACCACUUGAGUCUUCCGGUGAAGAAAUAGCAAAUUUAUGUCGUAAUGUGAGGGUUCUCAUUGUGCUUGAUGGUGUGGACGAGGAUGAACAAAUUAAAGAAUUAGUUGGGAAGUUUACUUCGUUUGGUCCGGGAAGUAGAAUCAUUGUGACAACGGACAAAAGAAAUGUUUCAGAGGCUUUCGACGUUGGAGCAUUUGAUCGUCGGACAGUUGAACUACACAAGGUUGGACCAAUGAGUGAAAAGAAUGCUCUAGACCUCUUUCAUAAGCAUGCUUUUCAAGGGGCUGCUGCCGAAGAUGUCUCUGAGUAUGAUUCCUUAUCCAGAGACAUUGUCAAAGCUAUUGGAGGGCUUCCUUCGGAGAUUGUGCAUCAUGCUUCAAAUUUGCGCCGCAAUAUGAAUAUGGAUACAUGGAAAACUACCUUGGAUUUAUUGCGAAAGAAACCCAAAAAAUAG